CAUUCCGGUUCCGUUAGCCUGUGCUCUCCCCAAUGCUCCGCAACAUAAACACUAAUAACCGGGGCAGUUAAACACACCGAACGCAGAGGGACAGUCAGCGGUGAAGGAUGUCUGCUCAGAAGAGGCCUUGUGAUCCCAGCGGCUCCUCCGGCGGCCCACCUGAGAAGCGACGGGAUCGAGAGGGAGGAGAUGCAGGAGAGGGUCUCAGCUCGGGGGCGAGCACUGCUGUGGAGACGGUCAUCAAACUGGGGGGCGUCGCCAACUCGGAGGAGCAGGACAUUAAAGCACUGCAGGUGAAAAACAGAAAGCUGGGAGAGGCCCUGGACCAAAGACAGGUUAUCGAAGAUGAGUUGAGGGAGAGAGUCGAGAGGCUUGAGACUCGCCAGGCUACCGACGAUGCCAGUCUCCUCAUCCUCAACAGAUACUGGAACCAGUUCGACGAGAAUAUGAGGUCGAUUGCGCGGCGCUACGACCAAUCAGGAAAAGAGCCUGCGGAAAGCCAGCCUGGUGAGGGGCGGAGCCUGAAGCCUGGCACGCCUGAGCUGGAUGGAGACUCCAAUCAGGAGCGAGCCAAGGACAAGGGUGAGGGAGCGAUUUCCUUUCUCGCCAUCCUGGCCAGCAGCAGCACCGAGGAGAUGGAGGCAGAGCUGCAGGAGAGAGUGGAGUCCAGUCGUAAACAGGCUGGCUCUGUGGUAGAGGUUUAUGAGAGCUGGAAGAGCGCUGUGGAUCAGCUGAAGAAGGACCUGGUGUCUGGCACAGACAGCGGUCUGUGGGAGGUCGGCGCUCGGCUGAACGCCCUGCUGAGAGACGAGAACGAGCGGCUUCGUCAGCUGACCGACGACCUCAAGCAGAAGCAUAGUCACAUGACCAGCGAGUCUCGCUCUCUGGCCCGCGCCGCCACCCGUGCCGAGAAGAGAAUCGGCGAGCUUCAGGUGUCCGUAGAGGAGCUGCAGUGGGACACGGAGAAGAUCCGGCGCAGGGAAAACCGCCUCAACACUCACCUGAGCGAGGUCCUGGAGAGGGUGAACAGUAAAGGCUAUAAGGUGUGUGGCGAGGCCAGCAGUGUGUGUGGCACCAUCACCAUCAACAAGAGAAAGUUUGAGGACAUGAACAGUGAGCUGGAGGAGAACAGGGAGCUGGCGGAGAACCGGCUCAGUGAGCUGCAAAAACUACAGCAGGACCUACAGACAGUCGUCCAGGAGAACAAUAACAUGAAGACGGAGCUUAUGUCCAGAGCCGAGGGCGUGGUCAAGGACACGGCCGAGUAUCGCUGCCUGCAGUCUCAGUUCUCGGUCCUUUAUAACGAAUCUUUGGUCCUGAAGGCCCAACUGGACGAGACCAGAGUCCGUCUGAACACCACUCGGGCCUCCCGUCUCCGCCAGCUCGACCACAUGGAGAACGACGAGGUCUCUCUGCAGCAUAAAGUCCGUACCGAGGUGAUUCAGCUGGAGGACACGCUGGCUCAGGUACGUAAGGAAUACGAGAUGCUGAGGAUCGAGUUCGAGCAAACGCUCGCUGCGAACGAGCAAGCAGGCCCUAUAAAUCGGGAGAUGCGCCACCUCAUCAGCACCCUUCAGAACCACAAUCAGCAGAUGAAGGGCGAGGUGGUCAAAUACAAGCUCAGGCUGAGGGAGGCUCAGCAGGAGCUAAACCAGCUCCGUUCUGCCAAGGGUAAUCCCGUCGCCCAAUCACGGCCGAGCACGGAGGCGGACAUCAAAGAAGAACCAGGGUCACAUGUCGCGCCGGCCAGCUCUGGUGAUACCACGGUGAAAGCAGGACCUGAUAGUGGAUCGACCACGCCCACAAUUGCUGCGGCGGUAAAGAUCGAGCCCGGAACAGAACCAGAACCCGCCGUGAAGGAAGAAGAGAAGGAGAAGGAGAAGGAGAAGGAGCAGAAAGAACGAGAACGCCCGCCUCGCGUGAGCGCGCCGGUAAAAGAAGAGAAGGCGGCCACUAGCGGCGGCCAGUCGGACGACCCGCCGCCCGAGCGCUACGCCCCCGUCGGAGCGCCGAAAAGAAAGGAGAUGGAGCAGCUGAAGGUGGUCAGGGUGGAGCUCAAGAAGGCGCAGGAGUCCCAGAGAGAGAUGAAGCUCCUGCUGGACAUGUAUCGCUCCGCCCCGAAAGAACAGAGGGACAAAGUGCAGCUCAUGGCUGCUGAGAAAAAGUCCAAGGCUGAGGCGGAGGAGCUGCGCCAGCGCCUGCGGGACCUGGAGGAGAGGGAGAGGAGAGAGGGGAAGAAGAUGGCCGACGAGGAGGCUCUGCGAAAGAUCCGCCUGGUGGAGGAGCAGAUCGACGUUCUCAACAAGAAGCUCUCCCUCGCCAAGCAGGAGGAAGACGCCCUGCUGAGCGAGAUGGACGUCACCGGGCAGGCCUUCGAGGACAUGCAGGAGCAGAACAUCCGCCUGAUGCAGCAGCUGCGCGAGAAAGACGACGCCAACUUCAAACUCAUGAGCGAGCGCAUCAAGUCCAACCAGAUCCACAAACUCCUGAAGGAGGAGAAGGAGGAGCUGGCCGAUCAGAUGCUCACCCUAAAAACGCAGGUCGACGCUCAGAUGCAGGUUGUGAGGAAGCUGGAGGAGAAGGAGCGCCUCCUGCAGGGCACCGUCAGCGCGGCGGAGAGAGAACUGGGCCUGCGCACACAGGCCCUGGACAUGAACAAGCGCAAGGCGCAGGACUCGACGCAGCAGUCGGAGGAAAUGCGAGCUCAGCUGGAGUCCGUGCAGCAGAGACUGAAGGAGGUUCGAGCGGAGGUGGUCGAGAACAGCAUCUCCAGAGAGAAGGAGUCCUUUAACGCCCGCCGGGCACAGGAGGACAUCUCCAAACUGCGCCGAAAAAUCGAAACUGCCAAGAAACCCGCAGAGAGCAUGCGCAACGGCGACGAGAUCCUCAACGAGGAGAUUAACGAGUACAAGGCCCGCCUGACGUGUCCGUGCUGCAACUCUCGCGUGAAGGACGCCGUGCUGACCAAGUGCUUUCACGUCUUCUGCUUCGAGUGCGUGAAGACGCGCUACGACACCCGCCAGAGGAAAUGCCCCAAGUGCAACGCCGCCUUCGGGGCCAACGAUUUCCACCGCAUCUACAUCGGCUAGUUCCGGAGCUCCGCCGGGUCCUGGGUGCAGGUGGAUUUGCUGUGAGCGGCGCUCCGCCGGAUCUGGACCCUCUUCAUUCCGUUUUGUUGCUGCGACAGUCCAGGACGUCCGAACCCGUCACCAUAAAUCAGUCCACCGCGCCGCUGUGUGUCCAGUCCGAGCCGCUCCCACUCGCUCUCAUUCCACCUGAACCGGUCUGCUGAGCGAUGAUGUUAGUGUUAGAACUGUGAUAACGAGCUGCCAGCUCAUUUCCUCAUGAUGAGUUAUUUUUUGUACUUUUAUUGUUUUUAUUUGUCUGAAACUGCCUGUGAGGUUGAAAUGCAAUUCAUUAAAUUGCUGCCCCGACUGUG